AUGAUAUAUCCAUUUUAUUAUGAGAAUUUCUCAACCCUAGAAAGGAAUAACAACCCGGCUGAGGACGCAAAUGAACUCCCGGAGGGUAACUGGCAUAAGCGGGAUUCUUUGCGGACAAGUGGAAAGGUGCAGGGGGGUGUAAACGAAGCAAGCAAAACGGACGAUGCAGACAAAACGGACGAUGCAGACAAAACGGACGAAGCAGACAAGGCGGACGAAGCAAUAAAGGGAACCCUGGAGGAAAGUCACAACGAGCUAACCUCGACAGAUGAUGCAUUCCAAGAAUUUGGAUACAAAUAUGAAAAGCACGAACCAACCAUGUUUGGUGAUUGGGCCCACAAUUGCAGAGUCACAGAUUUUUAG